UGCACAAUUUUGAGUUGAGUGUUUGUCUUUUGUGUGUCCCCUUGCACGUGACCCUCUUUUUUCUCCCAUUUCACUUUUUACUCUUUCUUUCUCCAAAUCCAAGAACCUCCCUACUCACUAGUCUCUACUCUCUACCAUCCCACUCACCUUCCUUGAGAUCCCAUCUUAACCAAUCACCCAUUAAUGACUUCAUCACAUACCACACUUUCACUCUUCACCCAUCAACCAUGUCCUUAACCACUCUUCUCCCCUUCCUCGUCCUUCUACUCUUCCCCACAUCAACACACACAUGUCCUACUAAUAACACAACAAAAACACACCCUUCUCCAUGCCCUCCAUUUCAAUCCACCCCACCUUUUCCUUUCUCCACCACCCCAGGUUGUGGCCACCCUUCUUUUCAACUAACAUGCUCAACCCCUCACUCUUUCAUAACCAUCAACAACCUCACUUUCUCAAUCCUCUCUUACAAACCUAACUCCACUUCAAUCAUCCUCUCACCUCACAACCCCAUUUCACAACAAAACAACAAUACCAAAUGCCCAACAACAUCCUCAAUCCCAAACAAACCCAUAAACCUUUCUAACACACCUUUUACUCUCUCAGAUGAAACAUGCUCACGUCUCUCUUUUCUUCAACCAUGUUCCCCACCAAACCUCCCUAACUGCAGCCACUGUCCUUGGCAAUGCAAACUCAUCAAAAACCCAUCAGAAAUCUUCAAAAGCUGUAGAUCCAUGCAUCAUUCUGUUUCAGACAAUGAACCUAGCUGCCAAAGUGAUGUUCUUGUUUACCUCAAUGAAAUACUAAUCCAAGGUAUUGAACUUGAGUGGGAUGAAGCUUUAACACAAGACACUUACUUCACAAACUGUAAAGAAUGCAUCAACAACAACAAUGGUUUCUGUGGUUUCAAUUCAUCAGACACGAAAAAACAGUUUGUAUGUUAUCAUUUCCAUUCCAAAUCAACUCUUUCACCACCGUGGAUCCACAAAAUGAAGCCUAGCAAAAUCGCUGUUUUUGCUAUUGUUAUCGCUUUUACUUCAUUGAUUCUUUUCCUCUCCGUUGUUAUCUCAAUUCUUCGAUCGAGAAAGGUGAACACAACGGUGGAAGAAGAUCCGACUGCAGUGUUUCUUCACAACCACCGCAACGCGAAUCUUCUUCCACCAGUUUUCACCUACGAUGAACUGAAUAUAUCUACAAACAACUUCGAUCCGAAGAGGAAAAUCGGUGAUGGUGGAUUCGGUUCGGUUUAUUUAGGCAACCUCCGUGACGGAAAACUUGCUGCUGUUAAACAUCUUCACCGGCAUAAUCACACGGCGGCGUUUUCAUCAAAAUCAUUCUGCAACGAGAUUCUCAUUCUCUCUUCUAUUGAUCAUCCAAACCUCGUUAAACUUCACGGUUACUGUAGCGAUCCACGUGGUUUGAUUCUUGUUUACGAUUACGUUCCUAACGGAACCCUAGCGGAGCAUCUUCACGGUUCGAAGAGUAAACGGAAGGGAUACAUGAUGACGUGGCAAACGAGGCUUGAAAUUGCGAUACAAACGGCGUUAGCGAUGGAGUAUCUUCAUUUUUCAGUUAAGCCACCGAUAGUUCAUAGAGAUAUAACUUCGUCAAAUAUUUUUAUUGAGAAAGAUAUGAGAAUUAAAGUUGGUGAUUUUGGGUUGUCUAGGUUGUUAGUUUUGCAAGAAUCAAAUCAAACAACGUCGUCGGGUGGUUUUGUAUGGACUGGCCCACAAGGUACUCCGGGUUAUUUAGACCCGGAUUAUCAUCGGUCUUUUCGGUUGACUGAAAAGAGUGACGUGUAUAGUUUUGGUGUGGUUUUGCUUGAAUUGAUUUCCGGUCUUAAGGCGGUGGAUUAUUGUAGGGAUAAGCGUGAGAUGGCAUUGGCUGAUAUGGUUGUUUCGAGGAUUCAUACGGGUCAGUUGAAAGAGGUACUUGACCCAGUUCUUGACUUGGGUAACGACAAUGAUGCGCUUGAUGCGGUGGGUGCUGUGGCGGAAUUGGCUUUUCGAUGUGUUGCAUCGGAUAAAGACGAUCGACCUGAUUCAAAGGAAGUUGUCGGGGAAUUGAAGCGUGUUCGAUCACGGAUAAGUGGUGGCAUUACUCGGUCCAUGUCUACGACUUAACUUGAAUGAACGAAUAACUUAUUCAGUUUGAUACCACAGUGCGUCAUUGUGAUUUUGACAUAUCCAACGUGAUACCGAAUAUACAAUGUGGCAAAGAAGUGAUGAGUUGUGAACAUGUGGAGUAUGAGUUUGACUCCGUGAGUUUAAAGUUUUCUCUAAGGGUAAAGUGGACCCCACGAUGGAACCAAAACUAAAGUGUACUAUGAUUUUUGUGUAAUUUUAUUGAUGAUGUGUUAAGACUUUGCAACUUUGGAGUUGUGUGCACGUGGGUAUCAAAUUCAAUGUUAUUUGUUACGUAACGUCAAGGGUAAAAGAUGUCAGUGACACCGUACCGGUAUUUAAAUUAAGUAUAGAAGCCUACCCAAAUUGACUCGGCUGAGAAUAUAUGUGGACCAGAGGGAAGGGACCAUUCUAGUUCUUACUUUGCUACUCCAAUUCCAAAUAUCUAGAUUCCUAUUGGGUAAAUGUACAGUACUAUUAUUAUUGAAAUACAUUUCCAUUUUGAAUUUGAAUUA